AUGGCUGCAGAUGGCAAAAAACAAUUAUCCGAAGAAGCGAAAUCUUUUAUAAAGAAUGUGGAGGGAUUCGAUUUCAUAAGACUCAGUAUCCCUGAUGUAAAUGGAAUGCAUCUCAGUAAACUGGUGCCUAAACGUUUGGCUGGUAAAAUUGCAUCAGGCGAUUGUGAAUUAUAUUCAGGCACAAUAGCCUUUGGACCAAGAUUUGAAAUGGUUAACAUCCCUGAAAUACUUCAAAAGAAACAUUUAAACAAUCUCCUAAAACCGGAUUUUUCAACUUUACACCCGUGUAAUUGGGGUUCACAGAGUAGAAUUCUUCGUACACAAGCAGAUGCCAAGUUCAAUUCAAAUAGAGAAGAAAAUAAACACCGAUAUAGUGUUUGUUCUAUUCUAUGUGAUUUAGUUUGGCCAGACAAUCAACCAAUGAUGGCUUAUCCAAGAACCGUUGCUCAGCGACUAAUCAAAGAACUGGAAGAAAGGCAUCACUUACGCCUAUUCUCAGCUUUUGAACCAGAAUUUCGAGCUUUUAUGAAAGGAUCUAUUGAAGAGUCCUUUUUAAAGCCGAAAUCAGCUAAUUGUGGACAGCAUGUCGUUAAACCGCCUGUACCGUACACCUCACCGAUUAACAUGUAUCCAACAAGUCUACUGGCUGUCUAUGAAGAUUAUUUUGCUGAUAUUGAUUAUAAUAUGCAGUUGGCUAAAAUCGAUAUACAAGAUUAUAGUAAUGAAGACGGUGAAGGGCUUUUAGAAUCUCCUUUGAUGCCGACCUGGGGACUGUCAGCUGCUGAUAAUUAUUUUAUAUUUAAGCAAGCUGCAAAAGAAAUAGGCUUAAAGCAUGAGAUGGCAAUUUCAUUUAUGACUAUGCCAAUGUUAAACAGCAGUGCAAGUGGUUGUCAUUAUAAUCAUUCCUUGUGGCAUGCUGACAGCAAUCGUAAUGCCUUUUACGAUAGUAAAGAUCCUGAUAAACUAUCCUCGCUGGCUCGUCAUUGGAUUGCCGGUCUCCUGGAGCAUUUACCAGCGUUGACGGCAAUUUCUUGUCCAACUGUCAACUGUUACCGAAGACUUCACAGGCAUUUAGCUCCGUCAGUUGUCAACUGGGAUCUCUACGACAGAUUUGUGGCUAUACGUGUGAAAAAUACUGAUGAGAAACGAACAUUUAUAGAGAAUCGUGUCCCAUCUUCCGCUGCUUGUUCUUAUCUUGUAAUGGCUGCUACAUUGGCAGCUGGACUGGAUGGUUUAGAAAGAAAACUACAACCUCCGCCAACAGGUGUAAAACCUGGCCAAGGUGGUUAUACUGAGAAGGAUGUGAAAUUACUGCCUGUUACACUACAAGAGGCCUUGAAAAUGCUUAAAGAAGACCAAAUAUUUGUGAGUAAAUUAGGCGUUGAUUUAGUCGACUGGUUUAUUCAAGUUAAAGAACGCGGUGAUUUAUACAGUCUAGGCGAUAUGAAUAUAAAAGAUAAUCGGGAAGAAACACUGGCAUAUGAAAGAUAUGAAUACUUUGAUUUUACUUAA